AUGUUUGUGCCUGACCGCCCCUCCCUACGGACCCUACCUAUCGACUCGACCUCCCUUGAAGAUCCUGGCAAUGCCUUGGCCGUGAUCUCUCACUUUGAGAUCUCCGAUGCAAUGUCUUCUUGGGGAACACUGAUUAACUCUGAUAAAAGUCCAGCGCCGUUGCUGGAACAGCUAUGUUUGGGCAUCGCGCAGUUGAUGCCUUCCUUUGAUUCAAACGGUACCCUCGAUCUGACGCCCGGUCGUAUCGCGAGCUUCUACCGUAAAGUUGGGGGCAACUACGACUCUUUGUUUCUAGACACCACACCCUCGGCGCUUUCGUUCAUUUACCAGUCGCUUGGCUGUUUUCAUACCCUCCAACCUUCCAACAAUCCAUACGAACCACCCUCGAUUCCGUCGUUACAACCAGCUGGGUUCGUAAGAUGGCAGACAAUCCAGUUGUUGAUGGAACCGGAUGAGCACUGGCAGUACUUGCAAAAUGCGGUGAGCAUGUGGGAUAUCCCCGACGCGACAGGGGAGUUAUUCCCAAAGGAGAUCCCACGCGAUGCAUUUCCUUCUGAGCCAGACUCAGAGAUGUUGGCGUGGCACGAAGGGGUCAGCCGAAAACUCGAGCGCGACUACAUGAAGCGAAAGACAUCGCAUACUCCAUCCCCGGAUUUUGGGGGGUAUCACUAUCGCUUUAGCGGAAAAGACCCAUUGCCCGAUGAAGAGGAAUACUUUUCGCCCCCACCACGACAAUCCACACCACGACAAUCCACACCACGACAAUCCGCACCGCGACAAUCAACUCCGCGGCAGCAAAGCUACCAUGAGGCGGAUAGGCCUAGUGGACGGCGCCAACAUCACCGACGCCUCAGCGCUGAAUAUCCCGCAUUCAAUGCCCGCAGACCCGAGCCUACUUUCCCCUCACGGCCAGAUGGAGGCCGAUCUGGUGUUUCCUCCCCUCGAGGUCCAUCUCCAUCUGCGCAUAUGGAUCAUCCUCAUCGCCGCUCGAGAAAUCAUGGGCAACCACCCUGGAAUUCUCACCAAUUCAUGUCGGGAAUGAACGACACGCAAGAUUCAGAACAUGUCCCCGAGGAAGGACGGGCGAAUGAACCCGAGCCCGAGCCCCAAUACAGACGGCGGACUAAUCGUAAUCUAUCCCCGCCUCACUCCCAUUCACGAACACGCCGUCAUUCCCACGACGCAUAUGCACGAAAGCCAGUCCGCGACCUCUCGCCCUCCGCACCGCGAAGAACCUAUCGGGGAUACGAGCACGAUAUCCCCGCGCCCAUGCCCAAGCCAAGAAAAUCAAACUCAGCCGGGACACCCAGAUCCCUCCACCGUGAUGACCGUUCUCGUUCCAGGUCCUCGGGUGUCAAAUUCAAAGAAUUUGCAUUUGACUUUCCUCAACAAGCUCCCGCGCCAGCUUCUGACCCAUCGAUGUUUAUGCCACCACCACCACGAUCAGCCCACCGCCACCGAUACAACCUAGAUCCAUAUGCCGAAGAGUUUAGACGAGGUAGCUACGGGGGCGGUAGUACCCCAGGCAGCCGCCCCGGAAGUGGUGAGAGUGGUUCCGAUCGACCGCGUUCGUACAGUACUGCUGGCUUUCCACCUCCUCGAUCAUCUCGAUGGACCAGCCCUUCACGAGGACCGGGUAAACGAUAUGUGACGGGUCUUGCCGAAGACGUCGAAUAUUAUUCUCCCCGGAGAGGUCCACCGUACAAGUGA